CUCAUUCACUUGCGGCCAAUAGGAACAGGCACUGCGGUUUUGUGUGUCGGACUACCCACUGACAGACGACGCCCAUCUAGGCCCCCUGUGUGUGUUCUGAGUAAGUCGGAAGUGGAGGAGUUUGUUGUGCACACAGAAGAUAUCCGCGCAGUUUGUUCAAAUUUCGGCGGGUUUGCUGCCUUCCCGUUUGAUCUGAUAACAGCAAACAUGGAGCGGUAGUGAUGGCGGAAGAACCGCCCGCUCGAGGAACCUUACGAUCCCGCCUGAAAGAGUCGGACGGCGUGGGGUCGGGGCGAUGGAGCCUGGACUUGUCGGGGCAGUACCUCGCGGCGCUCCCGCCGGAACUCGGGGACAUUACCGAGCUGGUCGUCCUGGACGUUUCGCGGAACAGAUUAGAGUCGUUUCCGGCCAGCACCAGCCAACUCUCGGCCCUUGCAGAGCUCAACGCCGCUCACAACAUCCUGGUUCAAGUUCCGCCCGAAGUUCACCAGAUGUCAAUGCUGGCAUGUCUGAACCUAUCCUGUAACAGACUGACCAGCCUCCCAGAUGAAGUCACACAGCUGGGCUUGCUGCGGAGACUGGUUCUGGAUAUGAACAAACUGACCACUCUUCCUGAAGGGAUCAGCCAGUUGUCGUCUCUGGAAGAGUUGAACGUUGGAGGAAACAACCUCAGCUAUCUGCCAGAGGGUAUCAGUAAGCUGACCAAGCUGAAACGCCUGUGUGCAGACAGUAACGUGCUGACAGCCUUCCCAGGACAGGUUCUACAGUUGAGUGGUCUUGAGGAGCUCCUGUUGAACCAUAACCGCCUGUCUGACCUGACGGACAACCUGGGGCAGAUGACUGGGCUGAAAACCCUCCGGCUCAACAGUAACCGUAUCCAGACCCUGCCAGACUCCGUACUACGCCUGAGUCAGCUGGAGGAGUUGGACGUACAGAACAACCAGCUGGGAGCCCUGCCCCUGGGCGUCGGCACGCUGCCACGCCUAGCAACCCUACACGUCAGUAACAACCCCCUCGUGCAGCCCCCUCCCUCUGUGUGUGGGAUGGGCAUAGAGGCCAUCAGGAGGUACCAGGAUGACCUUGCCAGUGCCACCACUGCCGUGCCCCACAGACUGAAGGUCGUGUUGGUGGGUCCUGCUGGAGGGGGCAAGUCUACCCUCGUCAGGGCUCUCAUAGGGGGCAACCACAAGAAUGAUGUGGUGGCGACCCACUGUGCUGACAUUGUGCCCUGGAACAGUGAUGAUAAUGUGGAGUUCUCCCUGUACGACACCAGCGGGAGGGGGGUGUACCAGGCCUGGCACUCCUGGAUGUUCACACCUGAUGCGCUCUACCUGCUGACCUUCAACUUGUAUGACCUUGAUCCUGAAAGCUCUCAACAAGAUGUGGAAUACUGGCUGGACUUCCUCAAUGCGAAGGUACCGGGGGCUCCAGUGUGCAUGGUGGGGACCCACACAGAUGAGUUCACCGCAGCACUGCGAGCCAAGAAGGUGGCACGGAAGUGUAAGGACCUGUCUGAGAUGGCACAGAAGUGGAGCCAGGACAGGGGAAGAGACAUAGAGGCAGAAUGUGAAGUGAUCCAAGGAGCACUAGCCAUCAAAGAGAGCACCAGUAAGGAACCUGUACACCCCCUGAGUGGAGUGGGCCUGUCCGCUCUGCAGAGGAGACUGAAACACCUACAGAAACUGAAGGAGACAAGAAUACAGGUGUGGGAGGAGAUUGUCCCCGUGUCGGCCACCACCAUGUCAGGCAUCCCGGACCUGCGAGCCUGCCUGGUGACCGCGGCCAGCAACUCUACGGUGUUCCCAUCGCGACCCCGCAUGACCUCCGUGCCCCUGUCGUGGCUGACCCUGGAGAAACUCCUUCAGCAGCAGCCUGAGUUCUGGAUGAGGAGGGAGGACUGCGGGCGGCUGGCAGUGCAGGCUGGGGUGCCUGCUGAGCAGGUGCCUCAGGUAUUAGAGCACCUGCAGGCGGUGGGUUCCAUCGUGAUGAUCACCCCACACCAUGGCGAGGAGAAGGUGGCGCCCAACCCCGGCCGGCUGCUGGCGUUCCUCUGCACGCUGGUGAACCACGACACGGAGGCGUGGCUGAAGGAGGAGAGCGCUCGCUUCCAGAACUUCUCCAAGGUGCAGUACCUGGAGGCACGGAGCGACCUGCUGCAGCAUGGCGUCAUGAGUCACAGCAUGCUGUGUGCCCUGACUGCCAAGUACACCCGCACGACCCAGGACCAGGUCGACGCCCUGGAGCUCCUGCGAGGCCUGGGGCUGAGCUACUCCGUCAGGAAAACUCCGCAGAGAAAGGACCAGAACUCCAACCACAAGAACAGUGGCAAUGACUGGCAGCACUGUUUUCCUGUGUACUGCCGGGACUCGCUGCCAUCAGAAGUCGGCAUGCGCUGGGUCCCGCUCCCGCCAGUCAACACAGACCAGCUGGAGGUGGGCUGUCACCUGCCCUUCUGCCCACCUGGCCUCUUCUCUCACCUGCGCGUGGCGGCCUACAGACACCUGGGCACCGAGCGGGUGGACUGGCAGACAGGUGUGCUGACUCAGGUGGCAGACAGGUUACUCAUACUUCAGAAAAACAGCACCAAAGAUGGAAGCCAUAUCACGGUGGCGAGCCGUGCGUGUGGGGAGGGGAGGUCCUCCCUGUGGCAGGUGGUUCUACCUGUGGCGGACAUCCUGUCCCAGGUGCUGCAGUGCUGGCCUGGCCUGAGACAUCACCUGUAUGUCACCUGUGCUCACUGUCUCCGCAAGGGGGUCACCAAUCCUCACAGGUUCUCUGGGCUGUUGCUGCUGACUACCCCUCCCCCUGGGAUCACACUACUGGACUGUCCCUCCACACAGGGGGCACAGACUGUGCAGGCACAGCUCGUCUAUCCUCCACACAGGGACCCAGACCAAAAGAUGGACUCCGUUCUGGAGGUGGUUGCCACCAAGCUGGAGCUGCGGGACUGGCGCAGGUUGGGGCGCACGUUCGGGAUGACGGACGCGGAGCUGGACGACAUCAGGUACGACUUCUCGGACGUCCAUGAACAGAAGUACCAGCUCCUGUGGAUGUGGAGGAGGAGGAGGCGGAGUAUCGCCACGGCGAAGAGACUGGUGUCCGCCCUGAAAGAGAUAGAGCUACACGAUCUGGCCGAUGCGGUCAGGGAAACCCUGGGAUACAAACCAGCCAAUCAAACAGCUAGCUAACCUGUCAGUCACAACAAACAGCCAAUCAGAUGUCAGGUAUUCCUGGAAUACAAACCAGCCAAUCAAAUAGUCUAGCUAAUGUGUCAGCCAAUCAGAUGUCCAGCUAACUUGUUGGUCACAACAAACAGCCAAUCAGAUAUCAGGGUAUUCCUGGGAUACAAACCAGCAAAUCAAAAUCUCGCUAACUUGUCAGUCACAACAAAAAGCCAAUCAGAAGUCCAGCUUACCUGUCGGUCACAAAACCCAGCCAAUCAUAUCAAAGUAUUCCUGGGGAUACAAACAAGUCAAUCAAACAGCUUGCCUGUCAAUCACGACAACCAGCCAAUCAAAUAUCCAGCUAUUAAACCUGUCAAUCAUAAACAACCAUGUCUACCUUAUUAGGAAGGUGAAAUCGUUCUUGGGUGGUGGACAUAUCAGCAAAGCUUGCAAAUGUUCCAAAUGCCAGUAGAUUGUGCAGAAAGUUUUAUAGCUUUUGAAGGACUCAAUAAUCUUUUUCUAUCGGUGCUUGCUGCUAAGUUUAUCAGACAUCUUUGAUAUCAGGGUCAUAUCUAGAGGCUUCUAUAGUGAUAUAUAUUGACUUGAGCUGUCUCACACAGUAGUCUAAGAUGUAUUCUACAAAUUAGUGGACUUCAAAAGCAGCUGGCAUGUAAAUAGUUGCAGGUGACAAGGAGUAUGUGCCUUGUCUUUGCUGUACAGGUAGAUUUGGUCUCCUAAAAGUAUGAGAUUUGGGAGGGAAGACCAUAUAUGAGCGAUCAUGUUACCAUCAUGUAGUGAUAGGCAAAAAGGAGGUGGUAAGCAAAAGAUUGAUUUUUUUUGCCUACCAGUUAUCAGGUACCCUGGAUGUAAACAAUGCAGAGAUUGCUAGUUUGAGAGAAACAGCAGGAAGUAAGAGUUGACUGGCUGUUGAGGACAGACUGUAAGCCAGUGUUUGUUGUCUUCGCAGCAAUGUGACUUUUACAUGUUUGUUUGUUUGUUUGUUUGUGCCUUUAUUUCAACUGCAACAUGUGGAACUACUUUUCUCCUGGGAUAAAUAUUUUUUUAUUUGGCAUACAUGUAACAUGCUAUGUUGGUAAUUUAACUCCAAGGGCUAUCUAACUAGCUGGUGAUUGGUUUAUUUUUGUCACUGCCUUUGUUAAGCAAAAUUUGACUUUUUAUGAGUUUUUAGCAAAGCCAUUGCAUUGACAAUGUGGUGCUUGUGAGAACAUGGGGUAUGCAACAUUAUUUUAGGAUCCUAAAUAUCUAUAGCAAAGUGUGCAAAACAUCUAUAGCAAAGUGUGCAAAUCAUGCAGGUGUACUAACAUCAUCCUAAAUAAUAAGCACAGUCUAGAUUUUUUAUUUGUUGUAAGUAACAAAACAGUUGCUAUCUGAUUGAAAAGGUUACGUGACUGUAUGUAUCACAGUAGGCAAUACCAUUCCAGGGAAAUAAAGAGAGAAACAUUUUACUUCUGAAUGAGAAAUCUGCAGCAAUGAAGAGUUAGCCAUGUACAAGAUUCGAGCAGUCCAAACAAGGCAAACCAAAGUGUCUGUCAAGUGUUUCUACUAGAAAGACCAAACUGUGGAAGGGCUAAGUUUUGUACCUAAUUGAUGUCUAGUCAAAUAGAAGUGAGUUCUGUUCAGCCAUGGUUAUUGAAUGUUAUAAAUAUUGUUUUAGCUUCUCAGUAUAGAGGUAGAAGGGUUUCAUCUUUGUUGCUUUUUAUUUUAAGUAUUAACAUUGCAAUGUUGAGGUAAAAGGGUGCAAAUGAUUUUAUUUUUGGUGUGAUAACUUUUUUGUAUGUGUGCUGCUGAUGCUGGUGAUGCGUUCACUUCUGCUGCAAAUCACCAAAGUUGCCUCUUUGCUGAGGGUUUUGCUCAAUUUUGAGUGUGUAUAGAGUCUACGCUUUAAGCAGAAUGAAGUGGUCCAAUUAAGAGAUGCUAUGCAUUUGAUGUUUCUGACCAAGCUGAACUCAUGGACAUGUGAAAUUGUUGGGAGCAAAAUGUACAAAAUGCAUUCCUUUAAAGUAUAGCCAGGGUGUAAUAACAUCCUUUUUUCUGCCAUGUAUGUUUUUACAACAAUCUGGCAAUGUUGAGACUUGUAUCUUCUCACAUUUACAAUAAUUGUGUAAGCACCUCUUCAUUAUUGGGGAUUUAGUUACAUUGUCAGGUGCAAUGAUUUCUCCACAUUGUACACAGUAUAAUGUAGUUUACGGUGACAUAUCCUAAUCAUGGCUUGGCUAUUGUGUUCAUCUUCAUUUAUCUGCUGGGUUACAAAUAUUUGUGAAGUGCAUUAACUAGAGGAAGAUCUCUUUCGACGCAUUUUUACACGGUGGCAGAACUACAGUUGUAUGUGACCUGUCGGAAUUAUGUAAGUAGACGUUAGAUUUUAGUAGAUGCAUGACAUCAUAUUAAGUGGAAAUCUCUGCACUCAGUCUAGAAUAUAGCAAAGUUGAGGAUAUUACUAUAAUGUCCUGGGCACUUUAAGUAUAAACUGAGGUUAAGUGAUAGAACCACUUAAAUGUAUCCAAAAUACUAUUCUAGUCUUCUCACUCUGCCUUGUAUUGUCCUUGAUAUACAGCAAAGAUCAGCUGAUGGGUGUCAGUGCCUUGGGUUUUAAGGUGGAAACUGUAUAGUCAUUUUUUUAUGAGAACAUUGUUUUCAGUAUUCUUAAUAAUGAUAUACUUCUGCACCAUGCAGAAGUUUUGAAUUUGAGUUGUACAUAGGGCUAGCUGAGUUAUGUUGAAUGUUGUGCAAAAUCAUGUUGAAGAAAGACUGCCGUGAUGUUUCAGUAGAGAUGUCUCACCUUUCCCAUGGGCUUUGUUAAAGGAGGGAAUAAAAACUUGUGAAAUCAGUUUCA